AUGAGCGAUGAGGCUCAUUUCCACCUCAGCGGCUACGUGAAUUGCCAAAGUUAUCGCUUCUGGGGCACCGAAAAUCCGCGUGUGAUCCACGAAAAGCCAUUACACCCGCUCAAGGUGGCACGGCAUGGUGCGCUGUUUACGUUGGAGAAAUCAUCGGGCCAUUUUUUUUUCGAGGACGCCGCGGACCUAACGGUUACUGUGAACGGCGACCGCUACAGAGCAAUGAUCCACGAGUUUCUUCUUCAUCAAUUGGAUGAGCUGGGACUCGAGGGCAUGUGGUUCCAACAGGAUGGUGCAACGGCGCACACUGCCCGAGCGAAAACCUAUAUUUUGGGGCAGGCAUUUCCGGGACGCCUAAUCUCUCGUUUUGGCGAUUUGCACUGGCCGCCAAGAUCUCCCGAUUUGACUGUACCAGACUUCUUUUUGUGGGGGUUUUUGAAGGCCCUUAUGGUCAUCAAUACUGGCGGCGGCCACUUGUGCGAUAUCAUCUUCUUGACUUGA